AUGGGGCCGCUCAGCCCCACCUACUGCCACUGCGUUGACCCCCUGUGGCCGAUCUGCAUGCACGAGCUGCGCGGCAGCUGCCGCGUGGCGGCCUGCGGCGGCCAGCACUGGGCGGACGGGCAGCUGCUGGCGGGGGAGGCGUCCAGGGAGGUCCAGGACCUGCUGCAGCGACAGGGCGCGCAGCAGCCUGAGCUGCUCGUUUCGCGGCUGAGGGCGGCCGCCGCCAGGGGCGGCGCGGGCGGCGGCGCUUGGACGCAACAGCUGGUCGUAGCGUGGCAGGGCGGCCUGCCCGGUCUGGAUUACCGGGGCUUGCGGCCCGCGCCGCCCCUGCUCGCGGGGCGCGGCGCGGCGCCGCCUCCGACACACGCGCCCGUGCCCGAGCAGCGGCGGGCGCCGCCGCCGCCCCGGCGCAACCUGCCGCCGCUGCGGUACUUCAGUGCCGCGUCAGACGAUGACCGGCAGCGCGAGGAGGGGCAGCAGCAGCAGCAGCAGCAGCAGCAGGCGCAGGAGGAGCACGAGCGCGGCGAGCGGCCGGGGGACGCCGCCAGCGGCAGGGGCGGCGGCGGCGCGCCCGUCGAGGGCCCUGGCGACGUCGACGCGCGCUUCGAGGCGCGCAGGGCGGCCGAGGGCGGCUCCGCCGACUUCUGGGUCGAGUGGGCGCUUGCGCACCUCGACUGCGAUGCGGCGGGCGCGCAACCGCAGCAGCAGCAGCAGCAGCAGCAGCAGCAGCAGGAGGCGGGGGCGGACGACGAGGUGGACGCAGCCGAGCGGGCGAUGCAGGCCGUGGGGCCCGGAUUUGCGGCAAUGAGGAACGACCCGAAGCUCUGGCUGCUGGCGCUGUCCGUGAUGCUGCGCGCGACGGGCUUCGGCGCCGCCCCCGCCGCGGCCUGCUGGCGCGCUGUGCAGCACGCGCCGCGCUGCCACCAGCUGUGCGGCCGGCGGGGAUGGCGAUGA